AUGGAAAGUGAAGAACAUCAAAAAGGAAAAGAAAAGUUUAAAGAAGGAAAAUAUGAAGAAGCAAUAGAACUAUUUAAGAAAUGUCAUAAAAAAGAACAAAGAGCACCAUUUUAUUCAAACAUAUCAGCAUGUUAUAUGAAAUUAAAAGAUAUACCAAAAGCAAUUAAAUAUGCAAGAAAAAGCAUUGAAGAAACACCUGAAUUUGAAAAAGGAUAUUACCGAUUAAUUAAUGCAGGAGAAAACACAAGAGAAUAUAACAGUAGUGUGAUGAUAGCAGAAAUUAAAUUAGGAAGAGAAAGAAAAGAAGAAAAGUAUUGGAAAGAAUAUUAUUCAGGGAAUGAAGAAGUAGAAGUUAAAAGAAUUAAUUUAGAAUAUGGGAAAGGAGUAUUUAGUAAAAAAAGAUAUCAAAAAGAAGAAAUAAUCAUGAAAGAAAUACCAAUAAUACAAAUUAGUAAAAUAGAAGAUUAUUAUAAUUGUUGUGGAUUUUGUUUAAAAACACUUUGUAGUAAAGAACCAAAGAAUAAAUAUAAUCAAAUAUUUAAAGAAAUAAAUAAAGAAGAAAUCAUCAAAUGUAAAUGUGGAAUGAAAUACUGUAAUUUUAAAUGUCAACAAUUAGAUUACACUCAUUCUCUUUUAUGUAAUAAAUUAAAAGGAUUAAUUAAUUAUUGUAAAAUAAAUCAUAUUUCUCAUCCAUUAUGUAUUGCUAAAAUUUUUGCUACUAUUUUAAUUUCACAAAAUAUUGAAAAAUCAUUAUUUCCUUUUGUUGUAUUUCAUUCUUCUCCUUUAAUUCCUUUUAAUUCAGAAAUUGUUCCUUUCUUUCUUAAUAUUUUUGGUUCUCUUCUUCUAAAAUUUAAUAUUUAUGGUGGGUGGACUUUUAUUUAUCAAAUUCUUUAUUCUGUACUUAAAUAUAAUUCUUCUUCUAUUCUUCCUCUUAAUCCUAUU